UGGACGUUGGAAUCGUUGGAAUAGGGUUUGAAGAUCAGCUGAUAGAAAUGUCAUGCUGACAAGUGUAAUUAAUUAAUGAUAAGUUUUAAUUAUAAUUGUAAUUUAUUGUGCGGUACAGCGUAAUUAUUAAAAACUAUGAAUGGGUUUGCGACAUUUUGUUUACUUUGUGUUUUUUUGUUAUGGAGUGUUUCGUGGUUGUUGCCGAAAGUUCUAGCUUGGCUUCUGAAACGAAAGUUCUUGAUUGAAGUGCAGAUAGGAAGGAUUACAAUUCCAUACCUGACUUUGAGAGAUGUACAUAUUUCAAAGAAUGGGUUUUCUGUGCACAUUGAUGAGAUUGGUUUUCGAAGCAGCUUCUUCAGCAGUGAAGUCACAAAGCUUUUAGCAGUUGUAGUGAGAGAUGUACGAAUCAACAAAGAUGUGGGAGGAGCUGGUGGUAAGAAGGACCAGAAAACUGAUAAAGCAGAAUAUCAGGAACACUUUUCUGGUUUGGAAGGUGGCAGACCAGUUAACUUCCACAACAAGAAGGUUCCUCCAAUGAUAAUCACAUUUGCACAGUUCAUGGCUAUUCACAUUUAUAAUGUGAACACCAUGUUCCUCCGCGCUGAGUCACCAGAAUGGUUGGUCCAUGCAACAGCUGGAGAGGUCCAUCUUGAUGGUAGCAUUGUUCAUAAUGCUCGCUCGUUGCUGGUAAACGUGACGAUAGCAGCUGCUACAGCAAAAAUGCUGAGACAUGCAGAGAAGAGAGAUGACAGUGUUCAGACCUGUCUUGGAGAACUGUCAUUUGGGAUCUCAAUGGAAGCAGUACUUAUUGCACAGGGACCAUUAUCUGUAGAGAAACUUAAUGUCGGAAUGGAUCAUACAAAAGCUGUUAUCAACGAAGGUUUCUAUAAUUUUGCCCAGGAGCGCAGGAAAAUGAAAGAGGCUGUCAAAAGUCCAGUGAAAUCAUCUUUACAUUCAGCUGAAACUGAUAUUUUUCAAAGGCUGUCUCCAGUCAUUCCAAAGAAUUUCAACUUGAGUAUUGAAGACUCAGUCUUAACAGGAAUGAGGGAUAACCAUGCAGACUUCAGUGCCACACUCCAAUGUUUUCAAGUUGAGACUAGGUUCUACCCACCAAUUGUUGGUUCAGUAGAAACAGAAGUGGAUGACAUGUUGCCGCAGAUAAUUGUAGCUGUUCAAGUCGAUGAACUGAAUGUGAAGUGCAACAGGGAAACAGUGUUACUGCUCAGAAAGCUUGCAGUUGAUAGUAAGCUGGAGGACAGCAUUCUCAGCAUCUACAUCCUUCUCAACACACUUGAUGUUACCUAUAACCACAAGGAUAUUUAUUCAUGGACUGUUACAAGUUUCCUCAACAGUUACAAUACACAGGGAAUGGACAAGUUACCAGAGGAGACAGUGCCAGUAAAACAAGACACUGUGAGCUCUGCAAGCACUUGGUUUGAAACUCUGGCAAGUCAAUGCCAAAUAAAAGGCAUUGCAGAAUUGUGGAGUGUGUCUGCUUUGAUGCGACUCUCAGGUGAUGCACACUGUGCCUCUAUGGGCUUUAGUCACACAAAUGCAAAGUUUCUUCUUAAGCAGCAUCCUGAUGUACAAGAAUAUGGAGCUAAUUGGCAUUUUCUGAGGCUGCUGAUUGAAGGCUGUCAGUGGAGUGCAGAGUUACUAGUUGAAUCGCUUUGGUGCCACCUUGGAAACUCAUCUCUUUUAUCUGAUGCUCCUCUGUUGAAGAAGUACCACACUUGGAGCACUCCGUUGUUUUUUGGGGUGUUUCUGGUUAAGCUGCGUAAUCAAGGGUCCAGUCAAUCUAAGUUCAAUGCUAUGAUGGACACUGUUCGUUUUGAAUGGAGUCCACCGUUUGGUCAGUUCAUCACUCAAGGUUUUAGGUGUAUAUCUGAAUACAGAGAUGCAGUGCAGAGGAGUCGGAUGUCCUCUCAAGAGAGUGUUGUAGCAGUCAUGGGGGCAGAGGCUGCUGAUAAAGUGGAUGUUGUGAAAUGUUUUGAGUCCUGCAUCCUUAAUAUAAAAUUAACAAAUGUUAAUGUUUUUUUUAUUGCUGACAAAAGAGUUUGUAUCAUGGCAAGAGUUGACUCUACAUCUAUUGAGAGUGAAGCAUUAAAAUUAACUAUGGCCCUUGAAGGAGCAAAACUAACAUCGGUAUGUCCAACUAAAAGCCAUUACACAUGUCUGAGGGCCGAAGAACUUAAGUCAGUUGUUGGUCACAUAAAGCUGGCACGGCUGAACUAUAAGCGGAAGGACCAUGCUCUCAGUGUUCAGCUGCUGAAUGAGGUACAGGCUCAGUGGAGUGCCAACUUGCACCUGAAGUUGCUCACACUCAUUCAGGAAGUUGGCGAAUUUGUGUCCAGUAUUAAAGCAUUUGCAACUUCAUCUGAGGAGUUCAAUAAAAUCAGACCAAGGAAUCGCAGUGCAAAGCAUAGGAACUUGAAUUUAGAAGUGAAGGGCCAAGUCAGUUUUGGGAUCACAAUUUCAUCCAGACAUCAUAUGGACGUGACUUCAGAUGACCUAAAAUGGUCAGUGAAUGGAGACAAUGUUGAGAUGAAAGCAGUGUCAGUCAACAUAGCCAUUGAUAAUAAAGAUAUAUUUUCAAUAAAUGGCUUCCGAAUAGCAAACCUUCUAGACAGUGAGGAAGUUAGAAUUGAAAGGAAGAAUAAUGAACACUUUAUUUUACCCUGGAACAAGACUUGGAACAUAACAAUCAGCUCACUGAAAGCUUGUUUUCCAUAUGAGCAUAAUUUUGCCGAGGCUGUGCAGAAUGAGUUUGUGAGUGUUGUGAAGUGGCUGAAGUUAGUGCACAAGAAACAGAGGCAGCCAUUUACAUCAGAUAGUCCUCUUCCAGCAGAUCUAGUUAUUAAGGUUAAGGAGUUCCUGUUUGAGAUGAGUGAUGACCCAUUUGAGGUACGCCUUCGAGACAAUUAUGAGUUGCUGGAAGAUGAAUAUAUGGAGAGUUUGAAGAGACAAAAAAUGCUGGAUGUGAAGGUUGCUGAACUACGUAAGGCUCAUCCUCUGCUGCCAGCAGCCAAGGUGGAAGAGUUGUAUGCAAGCCUUAAUAAGUGCAACACUGAAAUCUAUGUGCAGCGGUCCAAGCAGAUGUGUCGUGCUGCACCUGCGAGAACUAGACUCUUUGCAUGGCUCAUAAAUGAUGUUGAAAUACUGUCAUUGGCAGAUCCGUCUGUUCACGGUGCAGAGAAUGCAGUCAAGACCAUGACGGAAAUUGAUCCUGACAGUCCAUGGCCAGAGGAAGGACUGGAGUUCAUAACCCUCUGGUGUCGCUCGGUGUGUGCAAGUUGCAAGGAGUGGAAAUUUCAACUGAGGGAUUUUCCACAACCACUGCUGGACAUCAAGGAUUUACACAUCUGGGGGAGACUUGUGGGAGCUGAGCAGGAAGCUACAUGGAGAGCAAAACGUGGUGUUGUGAUUGAGUUAGGUGAACCCUGGGGAGAUGUCACUGUUGAGAGAAGCAUGACCUCACUAAAGUUCUACCAUGAUUUCAAUUGUGAAGUGGAACACUACAGUUAUGCUUUUGGUCCAUGCUGGGAGCCAGUUAUAGCCCAGUGCAAUCUUAGUUUUGAGAAGAUAUUGGCACCAUCACGAGAUCCCAGCCCUCCAUUGCCGUUCUGGGACAAAAUGAGACUCCUCUUCCACGGGCGCCUCACCAUGUGUAUUCGCCAGAUGACGAUAUUGCUGCAUGCUUCCCUUGAUCCUUACAAUACAACUGAAGAAAUGGAACUCACAUGGAGUGAACUUGCUAUGGACUGGACCAAUGCAAAGGUCGUGUUCAAAGGUGAGCUCAAUGUAUAUGUGAGAACAGCAUCAAAGUAUGAUGACUGCCGUCUCCUGCACUUGCCAAAUCUAAAGCUUACAAUCAAGCUGAACUGGAUAUGUCUUGGGGACCCAAAUGAUCAUCACAGUGUAAUGCCCUGUGCUCUGGACAAGUUGCCAGAAUAUUCCAGCAAUCAGGAACAUGAUUCUUUUCGUUCUUUCCGGUCCCAAAAUCUGAAUAUAAGCAUUGCUUUGGAGACUAAGCCAGUGACAAACAGAAGUCCAGAGGAAUUUGAUUGCCCUACAGCUCUUCUCUAUGGCAGUACAUUGAGAUGGUUUGAAAAUUUGAAGCUGAUUUUGUCAGGCGUGACUCGACCGACCAGACGUGGUGCAGUAUUCCAAAACUUGCGACCACGUAAGAUUCAGUUAAGUCGCCAUUACCGAAAGGUGCAUCUUCUGUUGGGCCUUCACAAGUUUCAGGUUUACUACUGGAUGUCAUUUGCCAUGCAGAGAGGGUUUGAACUUCUUGGAGGACGCAUUUCUUCUUGUUCAGAGCACAUCUUGGCUCUGGUCCCAGUGGAUGACGGAUUAAAGCAUCGACCACGAGCUGAGUGGUCCAUCAUGUACAUGAACUGUGAACUGAAUGAUGCUGAGAUCUGGCUGAAAAGUGCCCUGCAGCAGGAACCAGGGAAGGAGCACGUGUCACUGAGGCAGCCUGUUGAGAAGUGUUACUGCUUGAGUGUCGCCAAAGUGUCCUAUGGUCGGGAAACAUUCCUUCCGACUCGUGGAGAUCUUCUGAACACUAGUGAGUGUGCAGGCAGCAGUCAGGACACACCGACACAUCGGCUUGUUGUGUAUGACCUUAAGGGAGCCUGGACAAAAAGUAACAGAGAUGUAGCGUUUGCGCUCUUUGAUACGUUUAUGAAAACGAAGCAAUUGAAAAAAAAUCUUUCAACAGAAGCAUUAAAGGGAUUUAGAGGUGAAACUUCAUCCACACCCCACAAAUCACGUACACGUGUACCAGAAGGACCCGUGCCUCCAUCAUCAGGCAAUACAAUUCAGAACCCUGCAGCAGUGCAGGCAACGCCGUCACCAAUGACAAAAUUGCAGUCUGGCCAUGCAGCGACAAUGCUUCAGCAACUGAUUGCUGAAGCAGAUAACAAAGCAGUAGUAUUCAGUGAUGACCUGUCUGUACAAACCAGAGAACAGCAUCUGCAAGGCCUUGCAGCAUGUCAGGAGGACAACAUACAGCAUAAGAAUUGGCUUAUUGCACUAGUGAACAGCCAAGUCCUUCUUAAGGGUUGCGAGACCAAGGGCUAUGUGAUCCUGAGUGCUGCUAAAGCAGAGAUAUUGCAAUGUGUUCAUCGUCCAGCAUGGAAAGACAGGACAUUAGUGUCGAAGACAACAUGGGUUGGGUCCCUUGAGUGCAUGCAGUACUACGCCACAGUCAGUGCUGGAGAGAAUGACUCCCUAGAUGAAAACAUCAUGUGGCUGACUGUUGAGAAUAUUCAAGAGAAGGACUCGACAGUAAUUGCUGAUUUACCUGACCUACCACACCUGGUGGGCAGUGGACAGUCUGUGGGUGGUGUUGUCAGCGAGACUGUGGGUGCAAGCAGCAACAUCGGUGAAAAUCCUCCUAUACAGCUGCAGCGCAUAGUGUCACGGUGCAAGUGUGAGUUUUUCUACGCUGCAUAUGGGGAGAGUAGUAUUGACCCCAGCACUCUGGAUGAAGUGCCACCUCCUCCGAGUGAUGAAGGGGGUCCAUGGGAAAGGAAGGAAAGGGCAAUGGAUGCCUUCACACUAAUGCAUCAUGACUUGGAUGUAUGCACCAACUCACUGCAGUACGCAAUGAUACUGGACAUAGUGAACAACCUACUACUGUAUGUUGAACCUCGUCGCAAGGAGGCAUCUGAGAGACUACAGCGAAUGAGGUUCCAGUUGCAGCUGCACAGCGUGGAAGACCAACGGAGACCCAUUCAACAAAUGCAGAAUCAAGUCAGAUCUCUGGUAUCAAAACUACGCCGCCUUGAGAAGGAAACUCAUUUACUUCAGCGAGCUCUUGCAGAUGACCCACUGAAUGAAGAAAUAAUGAUAGAGAUGGAUGAUCUGGAGAGGCAGGUUUUUGAGUGUAAGGAGCUCCUCAACUGUCACAGUGAAGAGCUGGACAUGAUGCUGUCUUGCUACAAAGAGACACAAUUGUCAGCCAACCAGAAGCUAGCAACCAUGCGUGGUGACAAGCCUGUCACAACUGUCAGAGCCAAUGAGAUAUGCUUCAAGCAUGCUCAGUGGCGACUCACAGAAGCUGAUGGUCAGUUGGGAAUCGCAGAUCUUGUACUGAGCAAUUUUCUAUACACAAAGAAUUCCAAGAGUGAUGAUUCAGGAGAACACUUACUUGAACUGGGCUAUGUGCGCGUGACAAACCUGUUGCCGAACCAGGUGUACAAAGAUGUGUUAUCUCCCACUGAGAUUCAGAGUAACAUGCCUGUUGACAGGAAGCGUGCUGUUCGUGUAUUUUGCCGAGAGAAGGCACCAGUUGGCGGUAUAUCCGUGAAGGAACACUUUGAGAUCAACGUAGUUCCUCUUACAAUAGGGCUCACAAAGAAAUUUUACAAUACUAUGCUGAAAUUCUGCUUUCCUGAGCGUGAUCCUGACACCAUAGAUGGAGAUGGAUCUGAUGAUCUUGAUGCUGACAGUAAGGGGAAGAAACUCAAGGGAACAAAGAAGAAUAAAGAAACAAAUUUCUAUGUUCCAAUAGAACAGAAAGAUGACGUUGAAAAGAUGAAGGAGCGAGCUGAGAAGAACAAACUGUUUAUUUACAUAAAAAUUCCAGAAGUUCCUGUCAGGGUUAGUUACAAAGGGAACAAGGAGAAGAAUCUAGAAGACAUUCGAGACUUUAGCUUGGUUAUUCCCACUCUGGAAUACCACAAUGUCACUUGGACAUGGCUUGAUCUGUUGCUGGCCAUGAAGAGUGACACCAGACGUGUGAUUCUAUCUCAGGCCAUCAAGCAGAAAUUACAGAUAAAAAUGAAUAGAGGGCCAUCUGAUGAAGGAGCAUCUCCGCAGGAGGAAGAUAAGGCAAGGAUGUUGUUUGGAUCCAGAUUAAUGCCAGGAGAAACAAAGAGCUUAAAGAGGAGUAUGUUUAAAUUCUCUUCAAAAUGAAGAUGGUUUCUACCCAGCUGCCUGAGUGCACAAUUAGAAGAGUGCAGUGAUCCAUACUUAAGAAUUUGUUCUUUACCAAAAUAAGAUAAUUGGGUGUACAUAAUAGUAGAAACAGAUGUCACUUGAGUAGUUUUUAGAAAUGUUAAUGCUGUUGUGACAUAUGAUGAAUUUGCUGGUAGCAGAGAAGCAUUUUAAGUGCCUUAGGAUGUGAUGCUUCUUGCACAGUGAAUUGUUGGUACAAGCAUUUCAUGCUUUUACUUGAGGUUUAUUAUUAUUUAAAGAUAUGUUCAAAUUUCUAUAUUAGAUCAUUUGAUAUGUUCAGUUGUCAAAUUUGACAAGUAGUAUUAUCGUAAUUUUUAUUUAUAUGAGGCUUGUUCAAAUGAAAUUCAUUCAAGGAUUAUUCUGGGUAAAGGAGUAGAGGCCAUUAAAAAUAAUCCCCAUGGGUACUGAGACAGUUAUGCCAUUGGUGCACUAGGUGACAGAUCCCUUCCACAAGGGUCUUCCAGGGCUCCUGCUGCUGGAAGUUACCAUCAGUACACAUCACUGCUGUGGUUCUCUAUGAGACCUUUGUAGCACCAUCAAGAGAAAGCAUCCCACCAUGAUCCUGAGAGGUGUCACCAUGUUGCAUGACAGCACCUGCCCCUGUGUGAUAUGCCCUCACUGGUGUCAUCCCAUCCCAUAUACAGUCUGGUUCUGUCACUGUGUGUGGUGUCAUGUGUUCUUUGCCUGAAAGGGCCAUAGAUUCAAGUCAGACUAAGACGUCAAGGUCUUGUGAUGCAGUGGUUCCAGUUGGAGUCCAAGGAUUCCCUCAUGUAAGGAAUUCAUGAGAUGGUAUUUCAUUGGAUUCCCUGCCGCAGCACGCAUGGGGACUGUUUUGUCCAGAAGAGAUUUAAUUUGAACAUCCCUCGUUUGAACAUUUCUGCACAGUUGAAAGAAUGUGUAGUUUUUUAGCAGUCAUGAAGUUUAAUUCUAGAACUUAGUUCUCUUGCAAACAGUGUGUCGGCAAGGAUGUUUCCUUAUACUACUGGGGAACCAUGUUCAGAACACAGUUCUCUGGCAAUAAGAAUAUGUUUUCUUGAAACAGGAUUCUUAACUGAUGCCAGUAAAAACUAGUGGGACAGUCCUGUAGCAGAUGAAUUUGUAAAUUUGCAAUAAUAUAUGUUUAAUAACAUUCCUGCACAUUUUUUGUCUUCCAUUGCUGAAAAGUGGAUGAACGUGCAGGCAUAACACAUUCAUGGGCCACAAAAUGCUACAUAAUUCUGUUUUUUCCAGUGUUCAUUAGUGUUGUACAAAUUGAAGAGUAGAAAACUACUUCAAUAUUAUACAUUUUAAGUAAGGCGUGCUGAAAAAAACCAAUUAGUUAUCUUCAAGAAAACAGUGGUAUGGGCACUAGGGAUCAAAAUGAAAAAUAUAAGUUUUGUUAAAACUGGGUUUACCACUUGGAUAGAUUUUAUUGUUUGGUAUUCAGUAACAAACAGUGGUUUACCAAGCAGCAAUGAAGUUUCAUUUUCAAGGUAACACAGUCAAGGUCAACCAUAUAUGUGAAAGUAUGUGCAAUGUCUUUAUGCACAUUUUUGUUGUAUGUCAUCUGCUUAUGUGAUUAUAUGUGGUAUGUUCAUUUUUUAAACCUUCUUCAUGAUUUAGACCAUUUGCUGUGUCACUGUAAUGUAUGUAUGUGUGUGUGUGUGUAUGUAUGUACAGAAGAUUGUAAGUAAAUGAAAGUAAAGAUAUUUCUAAUAUAACUUAUUGCAACCAUUAAGUAGAGAUGUGUGAAUGUAGAUAUAUUAAAACCUGACUUACUCGAAUUUCACCAUUCAUGUGAUUUCAAACUCUGAACUUUUUAUUCAUCUUUAUUAUGUGAAACAUUCAAUUAAUAUUAAAGACUGCAAUGCAUUUUGUGUAAUUUCAGUAUGUAGGGUAUUUGACACACAACUUUAUAUUAGUUGAGAAAAUCAGUAUCCUUUCACUGUUGCCAAAUCAUAAAGUGUCUUCUUAAGGAAUUAUUCCUGUUAUACCAUAGAACCCUGACUGCCCAGGCUAAAAACUUAACUGUAGUAUAAAUAAUUGAAAAUGUUGGAUAAUACAGUAACAUCAAAAGCAUGGAGCAAAUAUGUACACCACUUGGUUUGUAACUGUAUCAUCAAACAGUGGCAUAUAAAUGAUUUUAGUUAGUAACAGCAAUCUAAAAAAGAAAUGCAAAACUGAACUUCUAUAAAUGAGACAAACUCUGUUACUGUUACUGUUUAAAGGGGCUUAUGUGCUGUUGUGGGUGCUCAAGACAAAUUCAAUAACUGAAGGUCAGAUAAUCAGGGAUAUACUGUGAUUAGCAUUUAUAACAUAUUAUGUAAACAAUACACAUCACACAGACACACACAAAGAACGCUAUUUUCUUAAAACAUUUCAAAUGUAAUAAUGUAAGGCUUUUAACAUAAGUGGGAAGUCCCAUUUUCUCUCCCUGUGGUCACUACAUUUCCUGCAGUAUAAAACAAUGUCUUACUUGUAUGGAAAGGCCAGAUACUUGAGAGAAACUUUGGUUAAGAAGUGGUAUUUUUUGCUGCUUUUCCCACCACGUUUGAGUACAUUUGGUUGACACUGAAUGAAUGUGGGUGAGAAUCGGACAUUUUGGCUUCCAGUUUUAGAAUAUUGUAUUUCAUCAUCCUGUUGCAUAUAUGUAUCACUUUACACACUUACUUCCAUCUUUAAUGCAACUUUGCUUACAAUUUCUCCUUAAUUUAAAAUAUAUUAAAAUUACAAUUAAAUUGCUACAUGCAACUAACUGCUUGAGCUAUGGUGUGGCCGUAUCUUAAAUUAAGAAGUUGUAAACAAAGUUGCAUUAAAGAUGGAAGUAAGUAUGUAAAGGGUUCUAGUUUUAGAUUCUUUGAACAACUUUCUGCUAAUAUAAGUUAUGUAUUAUUCAUCUCGCUUUUCUGUAUAUACUGCUUGUAAAUAUUUGAUAUGCAUUGCUGUGUUUGGAAGAUGCCUUAUCAGGGUGGUCGUGCUUCCUGUAAAUGCUUUGAGAGCAUUUCAUGGUAUUAACUCAUGUUCUUUCUUUUUCUUACAAUGAUUUCAUAUUAAGCUUCUCGUAAUACAGCUGGGCUGAGGUUGAACUUCAUGGUCCAUUGAAGCAUCACUCAUGGCGGUCACCAUGCCAGAAUAAUAAACUGUCAAGUGGAGGCCCUGUGCUAGGUACUCUCCUUUUUGAGUAUCAUAAUUCUCCAUUUGGGACAUAUAUUCUCAUGAGUGCAUAGUGACGCUGUGCAAUAAUGGGUCACCCCUUCCUUGCUGAAUGGAAGAAUUAAAACUUCUUCGAAUACCCUUUUGUCACAGUGCUGGAUAACCUUCCUAAUCAUUCCUCUUUCCUUGCAGUGUACAGUAGCACUUGUAAAGUUCUGACAUGACUGGAACAGUCCAUAGAAAAUGAAACCAUGCUGACACUACAGCGAACAUGCUAAUCACAGAUGUAUAAGAAUGGUCUGAUGUUUUCUUUAUGAAUAUAUUUACUGGGCGCACACAGCACCCCACUACAUGUUCACCACAACAGUGUCCCCUAUCAGCUCACUUCUGUUCCUCUCCAAUGGCACUUCCCAUUACUGGUUGGUAAUACAAAACAAUAAUUUGAGAUUGUUCCAGGCUGUUGUACUUGCAGAAUAAUUUAUUGAGUGGUCAAGUUUCUCAUAUUUAAGUCAAUAAUAUUUAAGUAAUUUAUGCAAUAAAUGUGAUAUUACUGUACUGCUAUUA